ACGGUUCUCCAGUGGCAGAGGCUUCGAGUCCAACUCUCUCAUGAGAAACUCGAGACCUUAGACUGCACGAGCAGUCGAGUUGGCCCGGCGAGAAUCGUCGAUCUUCCGUCCGAGAGGUAGGGAGGGAGGGAGUGAGGGAAGGAUUGAAGAGAGCUCGAAGGAGGCAACUGACUGAGUUCGAUGGCGUUGACUCUGAAAUUUCCCUUGCAGCUGAGAGCAUAUUCAGCAGCCCUGUCGUCGAAGAAGGGCUCACAGUGCAAGCAGUCGUCGGUUCGCACUCCGAUAGUCACAACACCAACGAGCUUCUCAUCGUUGAAUCUCCAAAUCCAUUCACACUUUUUUCAGCCCGUUUUUCGAACCUCUAGAACCUGCCGACUGGUGAUCAAUGCCGAGCAAGCAAGCCACGUGGCUGCAGCUCCUUCAGAGGCCGACAAUUUGAGGACAAAUGUGAUAGCGUCAGAAGAGAAGGCGCCUCAAGAGGUCAGAGGAAGAGAUAACGUGCAGACCUGGGCAUUGAUCUUGCUGGGAGUUUGGAUGGGCUACUACAUGUUGAAGAAAGGAAGAUAUGCUAAAAAACCGGUCACAGGUUGGAGCUAUGUGAAAAAGGUGUUGGAAGAGUGUUUCUCUACAGAUAGGAACUCGCUGACUCCUGAAAUGUUCGACAGUAUCGUUCAAGUGACAUGUAUCCCCGCAAGGGACAUCCUAAUGGCUUACAUCGACGAAGAGCAUGUGACCCCUUUCGACUCCAGAAUGGUGCAAGAUCUCACUCAAUUGAAAAACGCGUCCGGUCUCCCUGAUGAAAUUCUCGUUUCAAUCUUGUGCGAACUCGCUGGUUAUGUAGCAGACAGAGGGGACAUGAAUAGAGAAUACAAUAGUAUCUCAGAGACCCAGAUGGAAUGGGACACAGAAAUGAGAGAUGCAUUUGGCAAUAUUCUGUACCUGGCCAAAAUCUGGUUUCCAGAUGAGGAUCAUUAUACCGAAGUCAGGCAGGCUUGUUGGCUGUCCGAAAGUCUCGCCAAUAUCAUUCGACUAGAUCCUACUCAAGUAAACCAGGAAGUGCCGAUGAAUUACAGGCUCUGAAGGUUCAAUAGCACAGGAUCGAUGUAGCCCACACUGUGGAUGGAGGAUCAUUAGGAAGUGGAGGAAUCUAGGCUGCAGAGAGCAUCUUCAGAAUGUAGGAGCUAUUGUCGGAGCAUGUUAUAUGAGAGUCCAUGUUCACUCGGAAGACACAAUAAACGUCAAACCAUAUCUCUUUUUCUUUGACCAACUGGUUUAUCUUUAGUAUCCUCAUAUUAAUUGUGUCUGACCUCCUGAAGAUCAUAUAUUAUUACGCUUGACAAGAUUCAUUGAGCGAAAUUGAGGUCGUACUAGGAUUUACGAACUAUAACUACUGUAUACUGGAGAUGAAUGAUAGCACAAGAUUCAACUCGAUUUAUGAUCACUUGAAACUAGUUUCAUCUAAAUUUUGUCUCGAACUAAAUUCUACAGCUCGAUCCAGUCCGCCUUAACUAAAGUCCUCUUUAAGCGUACCCGCAGAGGGCGACAAGAUUUUUGUUAUUACUAUAUGUCAAAAUAUGUCGCCUUGAAGCGGGUGGCCAUUUCACAAUUUCUUUGAUUCUGGUUUUGUAUCGAGUUACACGUGACACCAGCCCUCGCCCCACCAGCCCCUUGUGAGCACACCAUGUGGAGCUCAUGUGGAGCCCUCGCAACGUAGCGAGUUAUAUGAGCACACCAGAGCCCAACAUUGGGUACCCAUCCCCAAACCCACCCAUGCCCAUGGGUUUUGGGUGACAUUUAUUUUUCCAUGGGUGGGCGCAAGUAAUGCUAUGGGCAGUGUUUGUCACAUCCAACCAAGAAUUGGUG